AGAAGAAAAUAGAUUGGUUGGAAAUCUAUGAUAAUGACGUUAUACUUUGUGAUGAUGAUGUGAGGAGUGACGUUUACUUGUUCUUUCAUUUAAGUUGCAUGGACAAUUCAUGAUGACCACCCAACAAAUUCAACCAAAUCGCGGAAUAGUGAAACAAGUCCUUUCUGGGGACUCUGUUAUCGUGAGAAAUUUGAACAAUCCUGCAGCAGAAAAACAGAUAAACUUUUCUGGAGUCAUAGCUCCUAAGCUUUGCAGAAGGCUUGCUGCUGGAAGUGAACAAAAUGAAACUAAAGAUGAACCAUGGGCUUGGGAAGCACGUGAAUUCCUUAGGAAAAAACUUCUUGACAAAGAAGUUUUCUUUACAUCCCAAGUACCCCCAAAUGCUAAUCGGGAAUAUGGAACCCUGUAUUUUGGUAACGAUUUCAACUCUGCAGAAAACAUCACUGAUACAUUGAUAUCGGAAGGACUUGUAACUGUGAAAAAAGAGGGUGUAAGGCAAAAUGAAGAGUUGCAGCGCCUUGUCGAUUUAGAAAAUGCAGCUAAGCAAGCAGGCAAAGGAAAAUGGAGCAAAGAUAAUCCAGCUGAUCAUGUACGCGACGUUAAAUGGGGAGUAGAAAAUGAACAAAUGGCAACAUUUGUUAAAAAACAUGCCUACAAGCCAAUUAAAGCUAUUAUUGAGCAUGUGAGGGAUGGUUCAACAGUGAGAGCUUUCUUAUUACCUGAUUUUUAUCAUGUUACCGUGAUGAUUACUGGAAUAAGGUGCCCUGGAUUCAAAUUGGACAGUAACGGUAAACCUGACCCAAAUAUCAAGGUUCCUUUUGCUGAUGAAGCCAGAACUUACGUAGAACGCCGUCUUUUACAACACGAUAUUGAAAUAAUUCUUGAAUCUGUAAACAACAACAAUUUUAUUGGAACAAUAAUUCAUCCAAAAGGAAACAUUGCAGAAUCCUUGUUAAGAGAAGGUUUGGCCCAUUGUGUUGAUUGGUCUAUAAGUUUCUUGAGAUCUGGAUCUGAAAAAUUAAGAGCCGCUGAACAAGUAGCUAAGGAGAAGCGUGUUAGAAUCUGGAAAGAUUGGCAGGCCCAUCAGCCAAAAAUAACUGGAAAGGAAAGAGACUACAAUGCAAUUGUUACUGAAAUUGUCAAUGGAGAUGCUGUUAUGGUAAAAUUACCAAAUGGUGAACAAAAGAAAGUCUUCCUUUCCAGUUUGAGACCUCCCAGAGAAGGAUCCGCAAAAACUGAGGAAGAGAAAAAUGCACCAAAAUCAAAAAGUUUCCGACCAUUAUAUGACAUUCCAUACAUGUAUGAAGCCAGAGAGUACUUAAGAAAAGAGCUCAUUGGUAAGAAAGUCCAUGUUUUAGUGGACUAUAUUCAAGAGGCCAGAGACAGUUAUCCUGAGAAAACUUGUGCUACUGUAACAAUUGGUGGAAAAAAUAUUGCCGAAGGACUUGUAGCUAAGGGCCUUGCUACAGUAGUUAAGUACAGAGCUGAUGAUGAUCAGAGAAGUUCAAGACAUCACGAUUUGUUAGAUGCUGAGAUGAAAGCUAUCAAGUCCCAAGUUGGUUUGCAUUCAAAGAAAAAGGCUGCCCCAUUGAGAGUUGCUGAAAUUGAUGCUACUAGAGCUAAGUUGGAUUUAUCCUCCCUCCAAAGAGCUCAGAAAACUGAAGCAAUUGUUGAGUUUGUUACCAGUGGUAGUAGGGUUCGCCUUUACAUUCCCAAAACGAACAGCUUAUGCACUUUCCUUUUGGGAGGAAUAAAUUGUCCGAGAGCAGCUCGUCCGGCUAUUGGUACCCAGCCAGCAAUAGAGGGUGAACCUUUUGGAGAAGAAGCUUUCAAAUUCACAAAAGAACAUUGUUUGCAACGUGACGUCACCAUCCAAGUUACUGGAUGCUCGACCACUGGAAAGACUGCCAGUCUUAUCGGCUGGCUUUGGGUGGACAAUCUGAAUCUUUCAGUUGCAUUAGUAAAUUUGGGUUAUGCAUCUGUUCACAGGACCGGUGAAAAAUCCCAAUUUGCAACGCAACUCAAAGAAGCCGAAGAUAAUGCAAGAAAACAGCGAUUAGGAAUCUGGAAGGAUUAUGUGGAGGAAAAAGAGGAAAUAAAGGUUGAAGAUGAGAAAGUGACUGAAGCGCCUGAUGCAACUUAUGAAGAAGUUGUUGUGACUGAGAUUACACCCGAAGGACACUUCUUCGUUCAAACCAUCGCUGAAGGUCCAAAGGCCGAAGCACUCAAUGCUAAAUUCAGGCAGGAAUUUCAAGCUAAUCCUCCGCUACCAGGUUCUUUUACUCCUAAACGUGGGGAGAUUUGCGCUGCUAAAUUUGUUGAUAAUGAGUGGUACAGAGCUAAAGUAGAAAAAGUUCAAGGCAGUAAUGCUCAAAUACAUUACAUAGACUAUGGAAACAGGGAAACCCUUCCAUUGGUUAAACUUGCCGCCCUACCAUCAACCUAUGCUAACGAGAAGCCAUUUGCUACUGAAUAUUGCCUGCCCUUUGUCAUUUUACCAAAAGAUGAGGAAUAUGCUGAAAUGGCUUUGAAGUUUUUGAAAGAAGAUACGAAGGCACCAAAACUGUACCUGAGCGUUGUUUACCGCAAUCAAGGUGCUCCUAAUGCUGCUUCUUUGCACACAGAAAAAAAUGCUCAAUCGGACAUAAUCAAAAAUCUUGUUAAUGAUGGACUUCUUAUGAUUGAAAACAUCAAGAACAGACGAAAUAAUAAAGUGCUGAGUGCUUACAAAGAAGCCCAAGAAACAGCGAAGAAAAACCGUGCUUAUAUUUGGGAGUAUGGAGAUAUAACUGUAGAGGAUACCAAGGAAUUUGGCAUGGGUAAUUAAGAAGGGGGACCAACAGAGCUACAACCUACAGAAACAAUUACUAUAAGUUGAAAAAAGAAACUGGACUAAUCAACUCUAGAUAUAUUUAUCUACCUUUGUUUAAAUAGAUGCCAAUAUAUUUUAUUGUUGGGAUAUAGUUAACCCUGAAGCAAAAAAAUACAAAAUGUUUAAGUGUACAUUUAUUUUAUAUACUAUAUAUGAAUUUUGCAUCUAGUUGUAUUGGACAAUAACAUGAAGCAAAGACAAAUUGGAGCCUGUUCUUAGUUUUGAGAACUGCCAUCUUGGACAGAUUUUGUACACUAUAUAUAUCGCCUAAUUUGUCUUCCAGAAUGUUAUUUUACAGUUAUCAUUUAAAUCCAGAAUUUGAGUACUUUCCAUCAUGGAAUUCAAAUGAUUUGGUAAAUUGAAUGUUGAAUUUUCAAAUGCAGAUAAAAUUUGAUUUAAAACAAUUAUUCAAUAUACACUUUCAAUGUUGUAUGUUUUUUUAUAAUUUCAAAGACUGAAAAAAAAAGCUGAAAAUUAAUUUCAAUUAUGUAAACUGUUGCCAAACCUCACAUAUUAAGACUUGUACAAUAGUUUUACUUUAUUAUAUAUUCAUGUUAUAUUUAUGAAAUUCUUACAUAACAAGUGGUUAUAUUAAAUUAUGAAAUAUCGUGAAAUUCAGUCGAUCCCAUUCUCAUUUUUUUUUACAUUGAAUGAAAUAAACUCGUCUAUUUGCUUGACCCUCAAGUCAUUUAUAAUAUUUUCUAACUUAUUAUUUUUUUUUUAUAUAUUGUUCCUAAUCAUAUUCCAUUUUAAAAAAAUAUAUUUCCCUAAAGUAUCUAAUUUAUUAAUGUCAGUUUUAAUCACUGUAUAAAAUGUUUACUGUAUAUGAUGUUUGUCAAUGCCAGUCUUGAAGCUAUAUUUAAUAUACUGUAAUUUUAUUUGUAGUUAUUCUAUUUUUAAAUUUUUUUUGUAUAUCAUGAAUGUAUGAUCUACAUUUGAUGAGUGUUUAAUUUAGGAAAGUUAUUUGUAUAAUUUGAUCUGUAAUUUUAUAAAUUUUUACUUGAUUAUUUCAAGUAUUGAGUGCAUCUGGUCAAUUUCAUACAGACUGGGUAAAAAUCAUAUUGGAUACAAAAGUACUCAAACAAAUCUUUUUGAUAUAGGGUGUGGAUGUUCAAAUGUAGGGAAAGGCUUUGUUUAAAGUAAAUAAUAUUUGUUAA